AUCUUAAAAAAGUGUAGGCAUCAGCAUACAGCCACAGCUGGGGUUGAACUUUGUCCUACCUCCAGAUAGAAAAACAACAGGCAGAGUAUAAAAAGGGGGGAGUAGUGGAGGAAGAGACUUGUUUUUGUUCAAGGAGUUCCAACAACGCAGAGCUGAGCACAGAGAACAGAACCUUUUUAUCAAAGGAUUGGAGCGGUGAGGAGGCACCACAGGGAUGUGGGCGUGCCUUAGCCUGCUCACCACUCUCUGCCUGCUCCAUGGGGGCGGUGCAGAGAGUGAUGGGGGUGGGCCUCGCUGUCAGCUGCCUCCAGCCUGGAAGAUAGGGGAGGUGGAGCCAAUGAAUGGGGCGAUGGGCCAGGUGACGGUGCUGGCUCUCUUCCAGGCCAGCUGAUUGUUCUGCUUGGUGCAGGCUUCCAGAAUGGAUGACCUGCGCCAGAAGCUGGAGGGUCAGGGUCUGAAGGAUGUGGUCUACAUGGUCGUUAACCAGCAGGGGGAGCAAGCACGGCGCCUGCACUCCAUGCUGGCACAGAGACUGUCAGAGAACAUCACGCUCUACAAACAGGAAGAGCAACAGCCUGAUGUCUGGCAGACACUGAGCGGGCAGAAAGAUGACUUUCUCAUUUAUGACAGGUGUGGCCGCCUCACCCACCACAUUUCUCUUCCAUACUCCAUCAUUGGACUAGGCCAUGUUGAGGGUGCGAUCAAAGAUACCUACUGCAAACGCAUAUGUGGGGACUGCACUCAUGAGAGAACUGAGACACCAGAAGGGUGCGUGGAGAAAGCAGACGCACUGCCUGACGCAGACGCUACCCCAGCUGCGAAGGAAGACACUGGGCAUGGUCACGGUCAUGGUCACAGGCAUGGUCACCACCACGGUCAUCACCAUGGGGUUCAACCCCGGAGCCAUGAUCACAACCAUGGUCAUCACCAUGGGGUUAACCAUGGCGUUCAACCCCGUGGCCAUGAUCACAACCAUGGUCAUCACCAUGGGGUUAACCAUGGCGUUCAACCCCGUGGCCAUGAUCACAACCAUGGUCAUCACCAUGGAAGCCAUGAUGGCGUCGGCCAGCAAAGUGUAGGGCAACAGAAUUUAGAUGUAGCCCAGGUGCAGAUGUCACAGGAGGUCCGUGAGGUCCCUUUGAAGCCCUGAGUGAAUGAAGUUAGGUGAAAGUCAAAGUACAGCUGACAGUGGAGAGCAGGCUCAGACAACGAAGCCUCUCCCAAAGCCAGCUGAUGCUGACACUGACGCAGGCUGUUCGGCGAUGCAGGGAGCGAGCAACUGGUCGGUCUAUGACACUGUGACGAGGCGCUGCCCGCCUCCUGACAGUGACACGGACAGAGAGUCGACGCAGCCACUCACGUUGCGGAGACCUGACAGUGACGCUCGCCUCCUGCUGCCUGACAGCAGCCUCAGCCAGCCCAAUGAGCCUGACCCCAAGGCGUGAGCUGAGGAUGAGAGCAGCUGUAAGCUGGCUCUGAUAUCAGCCUCAUUUUAAUACCAGAAACAUCGGGGCCAAGCGCUCUUUUUACCAACAAGUAUUGCCCUGGGAGAGGGCAGGGCAGUCCCUGACAGCAUGAGAUAGAUGAACACGAGUCCCGGAUCACACUGAUAAAGAUUAAAUAAAGUAGAUAAACACAUUAAGCAACUUCUUAACUUUUCAAAUUUGACAACAAGUAUGCAAAUAAUUUGACUAAGCCUUAAAGAAUAUAGGACUUGUUUCUCCUGUCUCCGCUUAUCUGUCAGUGGGUUGCUCUCAUCCUUUCUCAGAAGUGUAGUUGUCAUGUUCACAAAUGAGCUCCUCCAUUUUGCUCUCUCCUUCCUUUAUGAAACCAGGCGCAGAAACUACACUCUAGUGGCGUCUGUAUGAAGUCAGGCAGGAGAGAGGGGAGAAGGUAGUUUAGGAACAUGAGAAACAAACAUCUCAAAGUUCAGUAUCCAAGGAUAUUUGAGGGAACAGAAAAAAAAUAAGAUAGAUUCUUUAAAUACUGCAAAAAAUUAGGCAGGGAGUAACAUAAUUGAAAGUACAAUAAAAAGGGAAAGCACUGGCCCGCUACUGGGAAAAAUAAGUCAUAAAAAACGUUUUAAAACAAAUUGUGUUUAUCCCAAUGAUGUGUUUGUAUGUAGCGCGAGCUAUUGAUUAUUGUUCUUGAUUACAUGUAACGGCAGUAACCACCAUGAAUGGCUUUUUUUUUUUUCCUUAAGUCUGCAAGCUUAAACACAUGGCAGGAGUAUAUUUUACCACAUUUCAAACGUUGAAUGCUAGAUGUUCCUGUAUGUUUUCUUUGCAAUUUCUGGAUUUGCUUUGUAGGUUGCAAAUUACACACAUUUAUACAAGGCUUGCUUAAAAAAAAUUCAUGACUCUAUGGUUUAGAAAAAGGGCAGAGGGGAAAUGAAAGCGGAGCAAUGGAUGAUGGAUGGUGGGAAUACACUCAGUACUUAAUGAAGGUUUCUGUGGAAAGAUAACAAUAACAUUGAAAAUCGGAUGCUUGUACAGAGAACUGUAUUGUGUUAAGGCUGUCAAACAUGGAAACGGAGAGUUGAAUAAAGAUGGUUGAGUU